UUCAUUCGGUUAGGUGGCCGAGGCGCAUUUGGGACCAGAUCUGGCCACUCAAUUCGUUUCGGAAUUGUGAUUGAGAUGGUCGACAUUGUUCUUUUCCCAUUCGAACUAUGAUAUCGGUCCCUGGUUUCGAAACCUUGUGCGCGGGUCCAUCUUUAACAUGCAGUGUUAAAUAUGAGGAGCAGUCGAGGAAAUGAACGGAGACGUCAAUAUGGCGACAGCUGCCUCAUCCCCAGCUCGUUUUGAGUCCACGACCAAUUAAGCUCCCUACCCCGGUGGAGCCCAAAGCUUCCCUGUGACGGAGCACGAUGACAAGAUGGCCCUGCUGCUUGUACCGCCCGGGCCUGACAGCUUCCGCCACUUCUGUCCCGAGUCACUUGCCGACAUCGAGAGGCGCAUCGACGAGGAGGGGGCCCGAGGGCAGCGCGUGGAUCGCCGCGCCGACAGCGACGAUGAAAACGGGCCCAGGCCCAACAGCGACCUGGAGGCGGGGAAGUCCCUCCCCUUCAUCUAUGGAGACAUCCCCCCGGGCUUUGUCUCCACCCCUCUGGAGGACCUAGACCCUUUCUACUCCAAUCAGAAGACAUUCAUAGUAUUGAAUCGCAGAAAGGCCAUCUUCCGUUUCAACGCCACUCCAGCCUGCUACAUCUUAAGCCCCUUCAACCCUCUACGAAGAAUAGCAAUCUCAAUUUUAGUUCACUCGAUGUUCAGCAUGUUAAUCAUGUUCACAAUCCUGACCAACUGUGGUUUCAUGACCCUGAGCAGCCCCCCGGAUUGGGCCAAGAAUGUUGAGUACACCUUCACAGGGAUCUACACGUUUGAGUCUCUCAUUAAAAUCCUGGCCAGAGGGUUCUGUGUUGGGAAGUUCACCUUCCUCCGGGACCCGUGGAACUGGUUGGACUUUAUGGUCAUCUCCAUGGCAUAUGUGACAGAGUUUGUGGACCUGGGUAAUGUCUCGGCCCUCAGAACCUUCAGGGUUCUCCGAGCCCUCAAAACUAUAUCGGUCAUCCCAGGGCUGAAGACGAUCGUGGGCGCUCUGAUCCAGUCGGUCAAGAAGCUCUCUGAUGUCAUGAUCCUCACCGUCUUCUGCCUCAGCGUGUUCGCCCUCAUCGGCCUGCAGCUCUUCAUGGGGAACCUGAGGCAUAAGUGUGUCCGCAACAUCCUCAACACCACAGCCCUCGACGGCCUGAACAGAACUCAAGGAGGUCCGGACUUCGGCGGCGCUUUUGUCAACGGCACCGAUGUCAACGCCUCCAGCUCCGUCGACUGGAUCGAGCACAUCAGUGACAAGAAUAAUUACUAUUACCUCCCCAACGCCAAGGACGCCCUGCUCUGUGGGAAUGGCAGUGGAGCUGGGUCGUGUCCAGAGGGAUUUAUUUGCCUCAAAGCUGGCCGGAACCCGAACUACGGCUACACCAGCUUCGACACGUUCAGCUGGGCCUUCCUGUCCCUGUUCAGACUGAUGACCCAGGACUUCUGGGAAAACCUUUACCAACAGACCCUGCGAGCAGCAGGUAAACCCUACAUGAUCUUCUUUGUGCUGGUGAUCUUCUUGGGGUCCUUCUACCUGGUCAACCUGAUCCUGGCGGUGGUCGCCAUGGCCUACGACGAGCAGAACCAGGCCACCAUUGAGGAGGCCGCGCAGAAGGAGGAGGAGUUCCAGGCCAUGCUGGAGCAACUGAAGCGACAGCAGGAGGAGGCGCAGGCUGCCGCUACAGCAGCUAUCGAGAGCAAUGGAGAGUACAGCGGGAGACUGGCCCCCCCCUCGGAAACCUCCUCUGGGACCUCCAAACUCAGCUCCAAGAGUGCCAAGGAGAGGAGGAACCAACGGAGGAAGAGAAAACAGAGGCAGGAGGAGGAGGAGAAGGCAGAACACGAUAAAUUCCAUAAGUCAGAGUCGGAGGACAGCAUCAAGAGAUCAAGCUUCCGCUUUUCUAUGGAUGCCAACAGGCUGUCGCAGGACAAGAGAUGCUCGUCACCUAACCAGUCCCUCCUAAGUGUCCGCGGCUCCAUCUUCUCCCCGCGGAGGAACAGCCGCGCCAGCUUGUUCAGCUUCCGCGGCCAUGCCCGCGACGUGGUCUCCGAGAACGACUUCGCCGACGAUGAGCACAGCACGUUCGAGGAAGACAGCCGGCGCGGCUCCCUCUUUGUGCCUUGCCGCUUGGAGCGGCGCUGCAGCACGUACAGCCAGACCAGCCUGAAUGCCCAGCGGGUCCUGCUCCCAGCCAACGGCAAGAUGCGCUGCGCCGUGGACUGCAACGGAGUCGUGUCGCUAGUGGGAGGGACUUCCACGCCCGCCUCGCCUGCGGGCGUGCUCCUGCAUGAGGGAACCACCACCGACUCUGAGUUGAGACUGAAGAAGAGGAGGCCUCGACGGGCUUCCAUGCACUACCUGGACAUGCCGGAGAGAGCCAGGGCUAUGAGUGUGGCCAGCAUCCUCACCAACACCAUGGAGGAGCUCGAGGAGUCGAGGCAGAAGUGUCCGCCAUGCUGGUACAAGUUCGCAAACACCUAUCUGAUAUGGGACUGCUGUCCUCUGUGGCUGAGCUUCAAGGGGAUAGUCAACACAGUGGUGAUGGAUCCUUUUGUGGACCUGGCCAUCACCAUCUGCAUCGUCCUCAACACCCUGUUCAUGGCCAUGGAGCACUACCCCAUGACCGGGGAGUUCACCAGCGUCCUCACCGUGGGGAACUUGGUGUUCACAGGCAUCUUCACGGCCGAAAUGUGUUUCAAACUUAUCGCCUUGGACCCCUACUAUUACUUCCAACAAGGAUGGAACAUCUUUGACGGCAUAAUAGUUAGCCUGAGUCUGAUGGAGCUGGGCCUGGCCAAUGUCGAGGGUCUGUCUGUGCUCAGGUCUUUCCGACUGUUGAGGGUGUUUAAACUGGCCAAGUCGUGGCCCACCUUAAACAUGCUGAUCAAGAUCAUCGGUAACUCGGUGGGCGCCCUGGGCAACUUGACUCUGGUCCUCGCCAUCAUCGUCUUCAUCUUCGCCGUGGUCGGCAUGCAGCUGUUCGGCAAGAGCUACAAGGAGUGCGUGUGCAAGAUCUCGGACGACUGCCAGCUGCCCCGCUGGCACAUGAACGACUUCUUCCACUCGUUCCUCAUUGUGUUCCGGGUGCUGUGCGGCGAGUGGAUCGAGACCAUGUGGGACUGCAUGGAGGUGGCGGGCCAGAGCAUGUGCCUCAUCGUCUUCAUGAUGGUCAUGGUCAUCGGAAACCUGGUGGUCCUGAAUCUGUUUCUGGCCUUGCUGCUGAGCUCCUUCAGCGCCGACAACCUGGCGGCGACGGACGACGACAGCGAGAUGAACAACCUGCAGAUUGCCGUGGGCCGCAUCCAAAGGGGCGUGGCCUGGGUCAAGACGAGCGUCCGGCAGGUGGUCCAGAGUGUGUUUCUCGGCGGCAGAGCCUCCAAGGGGGGCAAGGACGUGUCCCUGGAAGAGAGCAAGCCCCUGGACGAGCUCCGCAGCUCCCUCGAUGUCAACGGCAAGGGGGGACACUGCGGAUCCAACCACACCGCCGUCGAGAUCACGAAGGAUCUCAGCGGGAUCUAUCUGACGGAGGGGAACGGGCGACCCGGAGGGGGGUUGGGGGUGGAGCUGGGGGACGGCACGAAGAUGACCGAGUGUGACUACAUGUCGUUCAUUCACAACCCCAGCCUCACGGUCAGCGUGCCCAUUGCCGUGUGCGAGUCUGACUUCGAGAACGUGGUCACGGAGGAGUUCAGCAGCGACUCGGCGUCCGAGGACAUGGAGAUGGACAGCAAAGAGAAGCUUCCUCCGGAGACCCAGAACCUCAGCUCAUCAGAGGGCAGCACGGUAGAUAUCAGACCCCCAGGGGAUGGAGCGGAGUCAGUGGAGCUGGAGGACGAGGAGUCGGAGGACCCAGAGAACUGCUUUACUGAGAGCUGUGUGCUUAGGUUCCAGUGUUGCCAGGUCAACGUCGACGAGGGCAAGUGGAAGAUCUGGUGGAACCUGAGGAAGACAUGCUUUAUCAUCGUGGAGCACAACUGGUUUGAGACCUUCAUCAUCUUCAUGAUCCUACUGAGCAGCGGAGCUCUAGCAUUUGAAGACAUUUACAUUGAACAGAGGAAGACCAUUAAAAUCGUGCUUGAGUAUGCUGACAAGAUUUUCACCUACAUCUUCAUCCUGGAGAUGCUGCUGAAAUGGGUUGCUUAUGGAUUUAAGAAGUACUUCACAAACGCCUGGUGCUGGCUGGACUUCCUCAUUGUUGACGUGUCCCUGGUGAGCUUGGUAGCCAACGCGUUGGGCUACUCUGAGCUGAGUGCCAUCAAGUCCCUGCGGACACUGCGGGCCUUGAGACCUCUCAGGGCCUUGUCGCGGUUUGAGGGCAUGAGGGUGGUGGUGAACGCCCUCCUCGGCGCCAUCCCGUCCAUCAUGAACGUGCUGCUGGUGUGCCUCAUCUUCUGGCUCAUCUUCAGCAUAAUGGGCGUCAACCUGUUCGCGGGGAAGUUCUACUACUGUGUCAAUACCACGGACGACGUCCGGUUCCCCGUCAAGGUGGUCAACAACAAGACCAACUGCCUGGCGAUGGCCCUGGGCAACAGCAGCGCCCGCUGGAAGAACGUCAAGAUCAACUUCGACAAUGUCGGCGCCGGGUAUCUGGCCCUGUUGCAAGUGGCAACAUUCAAAGGUUGGAUGGACAUCAUGUACGCCGCUGUUGACUCUCGCAAUGUGGAAGAGCAGCCAGGAUACGAAAAGAAUCUUUACAUGUACCUCUACUUUGUCAUCUUCAUAAUUUUUGGCUCCUUUUUCACUCUUAACCUUUUCAUCGGUGUCAUCAUUGACAACUUCAACCAACAGAAGAAGAAGUUUGGAGGUCAGGACAUCUUCAUGACAGAGGAACAGAAGAAAUACUAUAACGCCAUGAAGAAGCUUGGCUCCAAGAAACCUCAGAAGCCCAUUCCCAGACCAAUGAAUGUGUUCCAAGGCUGUGUGUUUGACUUCAUAACCAAGCAGGCUUUUGACAUUGUCAUCAUGAUCCUCAUCUGCCUGAACAUGGUCACCAUGAUGGUGGAGGAGGACGACCAGCCUCCAGGACGGGAGAAGAUCCUCUACUGGAUCAACUUUGUCUUCAUAGUGCUUUUCACUGGAGAGUGUAUGCUCAAAAUGAUAUCCCUCCGCCAUUACUACUUCACUGUCGGCUGGAAUGUGUUUGACUUUGUCGUUGUCAUCCUUUCAAUUGUAGGGAUGUUUCUAUCGGAGCUGAUUGAGAAGUACUUUGUCUCCCCGACGUUGUUCCGAGUCAUCCGUCUCGCUCGAAUCGGACGCAUCCUCCGUCUCAUCAAGGGCGCCAAGGGUAUCCGUACGCUUCUGUUUGCCCUGAUGAUGUCACUUCCUGCCCUGUUCAACAUCGGCCUCCUGCUCUUCCUGGUGAUGUUCAUCUACGCCAUCUUCGGCAUGUCGUCCUUUGCGUACGUCAAGCACGAGGCGGGAAUCGACGACAUGUUCAACUUCGAGACGUUCGGCAACAGCAUGCUGUGCCUGUUCCAGAUCACCACAUCGGCAGGCUGGGACGGCCUCCUGGCGCCCAUCCUCAACAACAAGGAGCCCGACUGUGACAACAGCGUGGAGCACCCGGGCACCCUGUACCGGGGCAACUGCGGCAACCCACCAGUGGCCAUGUGCUUCUUCGUCAGCUACAUCAUCAUCUGCUUCCUCAUUGUGGUCAACAUGUACAUCGCCGUCAUCCUGGAGAACUUCAGCGUGGCCACGGAGGAGUCGGCGGAGCCGCUGAGCGAGGACGACUUUGAGAUGUUCUACGAGGUUUGGGAGCGCUUCGACCCGGACGCCACGCAGUUCGUGGAGUACAGCAAGCUGUCAGACUUUGCGGACGCUCUGGACCCGCCCCUGCGGAUCGCCAAGCCCAACAACGUUCAGUUAAUCUCCAUGGACCUGCCCAUGGUCAGCGGGGAACGCAUUCACUGCCUUGACAUCCUGUUUGCCUUCACCAAGCGUGUCCUGGGCGAGGGCGAAGGCUUGGACAUCCUCCGAGGUCAGAUGGAGGAGCGCUUCAUGGCCUCCAACCCCUCGAAAGUCUCCUACGAACCCAUCACCACAACCCUGCGGCGCAAGCAGGAGGACAUGUCAGCUGUGGUGAUCCAGAGGGCUUUCAGGUGCUACCUGGCCCGACAUGCCCUGAAGAAAGCCGCAGAGCUCUACAAGGAGCAGCUCAGGGGUAAUGUGGUGUGUGAGCCUGAGGACAAGGAGGUGCUGGUGAUAGGGAAGUUUGCGGAGAACUCCACCUCCACAGAGAAAACGGACAUGACACCCACCACCGCUUCGCCACCUUCGUACAACAGUGCCACAAAGUCGGAAACCGACAAACUGGAGAAGGAACAGAGAGAGAAAGAGGACAAGGACAAAGAUCUGAGGGAGCGAAAGUAAUGAGCGACUGGGGAAAAAAAAUUGACAAAUGAUGCAUAUUGAGAAAUGUGCUUUCGUGGUGGGAAACGCGUUUACAGUUUCAGAGGAUUCAUGUAUGCUAAAUGCUUAUACAGUGGUGGAGGGCGUGUGGUGGUGUUAGGUGCUAGGCUAAACUGACUGUCACCAGCUAAGGCACGUUUUGGAGACUUGUAACGAUGAUCGCUUUAGGUGGCUACACGGCAACAAGACGAGGAGAUAGCCUCUUGUUAUAGAUCACUGCCAGGGGGGAGAGAAAGCCGGCAAACUCGGAAGGCCUGCUGCGAAACCGCUUGUGAUUUUCUAUUGAGUGUUGUUACUAUCUGAUACACUUGAGUAUACUGUUUAAGUUGUCUGUAGCUAGUGCUGCUGCUACUAUCACCAUACAUCCAGUGUCUUGAAUAACAAUCGCCGUAUUACUUACAGUACUUGCGUUUUUGUAUUAUUAUUUUUUUUAUGGUAAGGAAUGUUUUCUACUUAUCGUGCAAUUGUGAGAAUGUGUCCACUGCUUUUCACAGAUGUAAAAAUGCCUUGUACAGCAAAACUCAACAACAAAUCCAUGUUCCAGUACUAACUCUAUGUAUGUUUUGUUAUUCUCUUAAAAUAUUUGGGCAAGGCAGCAUUUGUCUUGUAUCCUUCUGGGAAUGAGAACUUAUAUAUAUAUAUAUAUGCUAUUUAGGCUAUGAAGUGCCCUCUGUGAUUUUAGGACAAUGGAGAUUUGUUUCUUCAUUUGGCUCUAUACCCUAUAUGAAGUAUAUAUUUUCAGCUUUCUAUAAGGGUAUGUGUUUACCUAUCGGUUUCACCAUUAAGAUAUGGCGAUUUUUAUACAUAUUCAGGGAAUCAAAUGUUUUUAGACAAUGUCCAUUAUGUUUACCGUUUGGUUGAAUAUCCUCUGCAUACAAUAACUGCCUCAAGGUUGUGACCAAAUGACCCAGUGAUUCUUUGCCUGCACUGCAGGCAUCUUUAGUUGUCGUUGGAUUUCAGGUCUUUUUGCCUCGAUCUGUUAUUUAGUGGGCAAAGUCAUACAGAGUGUUUUUCUUCACCCAGUCGUGUCUAUUCAGAUAUGCUCAGUGGGUCCAUAGAUACAAAACAAUUAGGCAAAAACUGAUCAGGAUUUUGAGUAAUCACUGGAGAGUGAACUAUUGAGCCACUGACCAUUUUUGAAAAGUCCUCCCAGGGCAAAGAAAAACACUAUUUGUGCUACCUAGCUCCCUGAAGUAACCGGUUAUGUCUCAUCUUCAGCAUGAACUAUCAAUUUCUUGGUACUAAAGAACUCCCUAGUUACUAAGGCAGUGUCCUUGUCUUGUGGUAUCACAAAUAGCCGUCCACUGAGUUUGGAGGCAUAUUCUCCGGCUUGAGCCGAGUACAGAGCCAAAAGAAGAAAACACUUCACUGUCCCAAAGUUUACAUGGGGCACUGAAUGUGUAAUUGACAGGGUUUGAAACCCGGGUCUCCCAGGCACAACCACUACUGCAAGACUGUGGUAGCCACUGAGCUAUAGUCCGAGGCUUUGCAAAGGGAGCUUAAACGAGUCUUCAGGCCCGAGGCAAGGUUACUCAUCACGUCAGCACAAAAUUAUGCACAUGCUUAAUUACGCGAGCUAUCGGUGGUGACACUAAGUAAACACGUCUUGUGCAUCUAUUUGAAUUUCCAUUGUUUCUCCCUUGCUGUUUCUAUGAACACAACCAUGGAUCCAGAGAACCUGAAUGUACUGUAUGUCAACAGAUUAAUUAGGAGAUUCAAUGACAGCAACAUUAAACCUUUUCUGUUGUUGUCAUAAAGCAAUGUCUGUGAUGGAUGUAUUUCAAUAUCUCUCUCUAUCGCUGUCCACUCUCUGAUUUCUGUCACGAAAAAACAAACUGGUUAAACGACUAAAUGUAAUAAAGGUGACACAUUGUUGUAUUUUUAUUUUUUUUAAACCGUCUAACGUAUGAGACACCAGCCAUUUAAGACAACUUCCACGGACACAGAUUAAGCCUAGUCCUGGACAGAAACAUAAAGCUCAAUGGAGAUUUCCCACAGAGUUUAGCACGGUAUAGGCAGGCCUGUUCAUUGUUCUUGAAUGAUUUUAUUGGGGGGGAAAAUAUUAUUUGAGCACCUAUGUAGGCCCACAGUAUGCAUAUAAAGUAAUACUACAUAUUUUAAGUAAGAGCAUUUUUAUUCUUUUUCAUGACCAACCACAUUGAUAUACUGCUAGUGUGUGUGACUGGGUCCACAGUUAGCCCAUGUUACAAUUACUAAUCCUACCGUUGUGUUUUUACUGUAAAUACUUGUGCUUUUUAAAGUCAUGUCUAGGUUGCCAUUUUCCAAAACUUGUGUUACAUUUUGUACUCUGUGAUAGAAAAAAACAUUCGUACUGGUUGGUCCACACCUCUUUAGGUAAUAAACAAUGAAGCAAUGAAUCGACAGCGGUCAUUCAGCUGGGGUGAAGGCAUGUCAAGGAAUCCUACUGUCAGCUCAUCCGCUAACAUCCCUAAAAGCUAAAAUACACAAAAAAAAGUAUAUAUUUUGUACACACCUGUCCCAUUUCCAUGUUCAUUGGUUAGGCUAUGCUGUCUGUGACACUGGGUUUAAUCUGUGCUCUAUCAGAAAGGAUGACGAUAAGAAAGGAUGAUGAUAAGUUGCUGGAUAUUUGGUUGACGGUCUCAUCCAUGUGGUUCAAGUACAUAUUACACUGAAAUGUACACACCUGAAAAUGUGUGAUGAGUUACAUUUUUGUCAUUACCAAAGAUGUGACUGCUAAAUAGAAAAUCUACAUAUCCAAAAUAAAAGAGAUUUUGGAAAACCA